AUGUUGAUAAUUUUUCUAUUUGUCAAUUUUUGGCUGGGGUGAGGAUUUUCUGAGAUUUUCAGUUCUAAAACAAUCUGGAAAUUUUUUAGGAAUCAGUUUGCGGUUAGAGCUGAUGAUGCCACGGUGUUUUGUGACGAUGUUUAUGGAAAGUAUAUUGCGUUGAGUGGGUGAGGAAUUUUUGAAAGAAAAAAAAAUUGUGCGAGGAAAUUGCGAAUCUCAAAAAAUGGGCGGAGCUUAUGAAACACCGCGCCGCAGAGAAAUUGUGCUCAUUUUCAUUUUGAAACAACAUUUUUGGGAAACAAAAAAUGAACACUUUUCGAGAGUUGCAUCUCAAUUUUGUUUAACUCAGACAAAAAAGUUUUUUUUUUUGAAAAACGAACAGCUGAAAAGUUCUUGAGCGGAAAAAAAGUUUUUUUAAAGAACAGGUGGAAUUUUUCCGAAAAAAAUUGUGAUCAAAAAUCUGCAGAUCGAAAACCGUGCGGUGGAAUUGCAAAAAUUAAAUUGUUUUAAAAAAUGGGCGGAGCUUAGGAGAAAGUGUGCCGCAGAAUUGCAGUAUUUUGAAUUUUGAAAAAUCAUCUUGAAAAUCUCAAAUUAUAAAAUAUUUUUGCUCAAAAAAAAAUUAAUUAUCAUCGUGAACCUGAGCUUAUCCAAAAUUGCGUAAAUAUUUUGAAAAUUUCAAAAAUUUUUUGAAAAUGUGAAAAGCAUCUCUGAAUUCAUUCCAGAAACAUGAUGCUCGGCAACUAUGAAUACCCAAUAAUGGAUACAGUACCACCUGGCUCAUCGCCAAGCUCAAUCUACGGAUUUCCGAAAAUGUUGUUGCCGUGCUAUUCGAUGAAUGCGAAUGGAAAUUAUAAAAAUCAACUUUAUGGUGAGGAAGUUUGUUGAAUUUUUGGCUGCAAAAUCAUUUUGUUUUCAGACAUUUUUGAGUAUGGCAAUUUUGGACCGGAAACUUGUGGGCGUUCGUGUGCGCAUUUUGUGGAGACUUGUGAGUUGGAAAAACGAGGAGAAAUUCUAGCUGUCAAGCAGCCACGCCUUGAGAGCUGUUACCUCAAGUAGUCGGGGCUAGAGAGUCUGAUUGUCAAGGAUCAGAGUGUAGAAAACUUAAUUGGCAAGGAUCAGCCCCUAGACAUUGACUCUGGCAAGAAGCCGCGCCUUGACAGCGUUCACUUCAAGUAGCCAAUCCUAGAAAUCUUAAUUGUCAAGUGUCCGCCCCUUGAGAACUGUUACCUCAAGUAGUCGGGCCUAGAGAGUCGGAUUGUCAAGGAUAAGCGCCUAGAGAACCUAGUUGUCAAGCAGCCACGCCUAGAGAGCCUAGUUGUCAAGUGUCCGCCCCUUGACAACUGUUACCUAAAGUAGUCGGGCCUAGAGAGGCUGAUUCUCAAGAACUAGCGCCUAGUGAACUUAGUUGCCAAGUAGCUACGCCUAGACAUUGACUCUGGCAAGAAGCAGCGCCUUAACUGCGUUUACCUCAAGUAGCCAAGCCUAGAAAGUUCAUUUUUCUAGGAUCUGUGCCUAGAGAUUCAAUCUAGCAAGGAUUCGAGCCGGGAGAUUCUAGUUGUCUAGGAGCCGUACCUACAGGUCUACUCUUGCAAGGAGCCGCUCCUAAAGCCUGGUAGCCAAGCCUAGAAAGCUCAAUUUUCUAUGAUUAAUGUCUAGAAAGCUAUUUUUGAACUCUAAUCAGAAAAAUUCAGCAAAAAAAUGAAAUUGCACAAAGCUAGGCUAUAUAAAAUAAAGUUCCAGAUCAUAUUUUUUUCCAAAAAAAAAACUCAUAAUUUGUGGGAAAAUGUACUUUUUCCGUGCGAGCAAUUUUUUCAACACGAAAGCUUUGGAAAAUGCAAUCUCCUCAAAUUUCCCCCCACAAAACUCCCGAAAAAUCAAUUUGCAGUCUAUUGGACAUGCGGUGAUCGUCGUCCGGCUCCAGAUUGGGUUGUUGGUUCGAUUGGUGGUGUGACGCGGAAAAUCAAUUGCUCAGAUUGGGAUAUUCCAUUGACUGACAAAGGAAAACAGGAUGUGAGUUUGGGAAAUGAAAGUUUUGGUCUGCAAAAUGGGACCAUGAAGCUGGAAUUGAAAUUUUAG